AUGUCAGACGCAGUGGAGCGCCAGCAAUACACGCGGAGGAAGCAGCAAGACUACACAGGCUUUGAAGACACUCUGCCUGUUUCAGUGUGGGAGAACAUGCGCAGAGCCAACAACCUGAGGGGGCGGACAGAUGCGCUUUGCGGCUUCCUACACAGCAUGGGCUUGCGCAGUCCCACGGAACGGACGCUGGCGAACAUGACGGCCAUGUUGGGGAUGUGCGAAAGCAUUCAGCCGGGCGAAGACAAAUUCCAGUUGCGACGCAUACUAGAGAACCUGAGAACCGUCUGGAAAACCUGGUCCUCUCGAGCCACAGCGCAAGUGGACACAGACUUACAGCUCGCGAAGCUGCCGGCGAACUUGGAAGACUUCCCACCCGCUCUGCGUGAGCGCCUGCAAGCAGAGACCCUUUGCACGCCAGACACCUUUGAUCGAGGAGAAGUACAACGCAUGGCGUGCAGGGUGCCUCUGCGGAGCACGAACUUAGGCUAUCACUUAGAGAUGCAGCAGAGGGAGUUCUUUGCCACAGCUUUACAUUACGCUGGGCGCGUCGGUGCGUCGUUGCAGCGUCAAGAGUCCCAAACAGAGUUGCCAGGCUUGCAAAUCUUCGAUCAGAACCGCAGCCGCGCCCAGACACUCCGGGCGGCGCAGGGAAAUCCACCGGCCUUGCUGGACAGGAGUGCUUCCGGAGAGACCAACUUGAUCCAAUCCAUGAGGCUCGCACGCAGUGCAAUGUUGGAUCCGGAAGGGAAUGACGGCGCGCAGGCUCAGGCGGCUGUGGUAGAGACGCGCGCUGCGUGCGCGCGUCCUGCUGGCGACCCACGCACUACGGGUGCAUGGGCAGGAAUGGCGCCGUAUACGGGGCAGAGUUGUGAGCCACGCACUACGCGUGCGUGCCCGGACACGACGUCUGCGGGGCAAGACGCACGCGCUGCGCGCGCGUGCGGGGUGACGUUGCCUCCCGGGCAGGAAGGGGAGCCACGCACUGCGUGUGCGUGGCCAGGGACUGCGCCCGCGGGCCAGAAUGGGGAGCCGCACACUCCGCGUGAGUGGGCGGGGCAUGCACCUGCGGGGCAGCCAGGUCACUCCCUCUCCGGGGAGGCCAACGCUCCGACACUGCCUGCGGGGCAGCAGUCAAGCUGCGCAAUUCCAGAAGGCGGAACGUCUGCGGGCCAGCUGCAGAUUGUACCUUGGGCAAUGCCCUUGCCCAAGGAGACAGAGCGAGACCAGCCGAGGAAGCGGCCACAGACAGUGCGCCCACGAAGAGAAGUCUCGAAGACUGUGCCGCUGGUCUGCUUGCAGCCAGGGCCGCCAAGGCAAGCCGCGACCCGAGAGGUCGAAGCGGAGGUUCCGGCGGACGCGGAACCCCAGUACAAGAACCAAAUUUUUGACGCUGAGGUAUAUGGCCGCUGCAAAGUGGAAUACUACACUGCGAAGAGCUAUAUCCGGCAGAGCACUGCGGACGGUUGGAAGAUGGUGAUCGGGAGCAGCGACCGCCGACAUCACCGCCAGAUCUGCCACGGCCUGCUGAAAUCGGUGAAAGCAGGUGUGAGCCGCGUGGAGCUGAACACCCUACGCGCUGUUAUCACAGAGCGUGUUUUUUUCCGCCGCACGGCCGCGGAAACUCCCGGACUGACCAUGCCGAACGGUGGCUCGCCGUCCCCUGUGCGAGAGCCGGCCAAGCCGGAGGAGAAAGAGCCUUCGUCCUACUACUCGGACUCCGAGGUGGAGGAAGUGGAGGUAGAAGAACGAGACGAGGGCGCGGAGAAGAAGAAGACCAAACCCGUAGUUGACUGCGAGGAAGGCUCAGAAGAAGAGAAGAAAGGGGCCGCGCGCGUGCGCGCCAAGCAGAAAGGGCCCCCGCCGAGGAGGAGACCCGGGGCCGUCCAAAGCAGAGGCGGGAAAUCCGGCAUGGAGCAGCACCAGCGUGUGUCUUCCCACUGUCGGGCAACCGCGGUCUACAACAGGGCCCACAGGCGCGGGCACGACGUCACCUGGGACGAGGCCGUGGAGGCAGCCAACGAGGCCGAGGAGAAGCGCGCGAGAAAGAGCGCCCGGGCUGCGGCCGCAGCUGCUCGACCGCGCACCCCGGAGAGAAAGACAGAGAAGCACUACAAGAAGGAAAAGAAGGAGAAGCGCCACAAGAGGGAGAAGAAAGAGAAGCGCCGUCGGCCCUCGCCGACGCCGGAGGCAAGGCCAGUCAAGCGCCGCGAAGAUGAGGACGACGGAGGCGAUGGCCCCGGCGGCUCUGGCGGAAGCUUUCCAUCGUUCGAGGAGCUCCGUCGCCGAAUUUGCGCGGGAGGUGAUGUUGAUCCGCCUGUAGUCGGAGGACUGGGCACAGUGGCCGCCUGGGGGCGGCUGCGCGCUGAGAAGGGGCAGGAGGAGACGCAGACUCUGACCUGCAAAGAGUGCAGGCGUGACUUCCCGGCCGACCCGCCGGGGAAGCAAAUAGUCAACUCCUGGACUUGCCGCCACUGCGAGAGCAUGAAGAGCAUGAUCCAUCGUCAUCUGGGGACCCUGGAUAAAGCCGGGUUCAACCACGAGAGCAGGACGGAGUUCUUUCGCAAGACUGCGGCCUUGCAGUGCGGCGGAGACCGCUACUCGUGGCAAGCUGUGCGCAGCACCAUCGUGGCGACGCGGACGAAGCAGACUCUAUCUGAGCAGCGGAAUGAGGUGUCCGCAUCUGCCUUGCCCCUCGGCGUCUGGUUGGCCAGGGGAUACGCUGAAGAUGUGGUUCGCCAGUUUUGGAGCGAAACUUGUCCCUUGCAAGGUGAUCUCUAUAAGGUUCCCGUGAAGACCACAACCAUCGCUCACCUCGAGCGCGAGAUAUAUGAGGAAUUGCUGCAGCAGGAGCGGCAAGCCAAAGAGGCUAAAGGCAAGAAGCGCGCGCCGGAGGACGGCCAGCCCGACAUGGACAUCGCGACGAUGCGCGAGGAACCGGCGCCAAAGACACGGAAGGGUGCAGCAGAGGCAGCAGACAAACAGAAGCUGAAGACAGAACAGCGCCAGAGAGAGCUUGCGCGGAAACAGAAUGAGAAGACCGCAUUGUUUGCUGCCCAGCAGGUGAGUCCUCUGAGCACUUGCGUCGCAUCCCUCGAGAAGCUGCAGGCGCAAGGGGAGAAGGCCAAAGUGGAGAUGGACCUGCUGAAUGAAGUGCGCCUGACGCUGGACAAGCUGCACCCGUGGCUGAAAGCUUGCAAGACCGUGGGCCAGCUGGCGGACGCGACGCAGGACGGCGCCGCGUCCCUACCAUCCUUGGACUUCUCGAAAGAAGACGUCAAGGUGACACUAAAAGCAGCCACAAGUCUGAUGAACGACCUCCGCGGCAACAUCAAACACAACAAGAAAGAGGCACCCAAGGCUGAGGCCAAGAGAAAACCGGAAAGGAAGCCCAAGGCCAAGGCAAAGGGAGCUGCGGCCCCUGCCAAGUCGUGA